AUGGCAGGACCAAAACGUUCAGUUGAUUUAAGUAAUACAGAAAUUCAAGAAGCUUGGCAAGAAGUUAGAAACGAUGCAUCAGAUACUAAUUGGAUUUUAUUGAGUUAUGCUGAUAAUGGUGAUAUUGUACUUAGUGGGAAAGGAACAGGUGGUUUAACAGAAAUGAAAACACAAUUAAAUCCAAAUCAAGUAUAUUAUGGUGUUGCUCGUGUUCGAGCUGUUGAUGAUCAUGGAAGUAAACGAGCUAAAUUCGUAUUUAUUACAUAUGUUGGAGCAGGCGUAACUCCAAUACGUCGUGCUCGUGUAUCAACUCAUAAACAUGAAUUUGAAAGAUUUUUUAAUGGUUAUCAUAUUCAAAUUUAUGCCAAUUCUGAAGAAGAUUUAUCCGAAGAAGCAAUUACUGCAUCACUACAUGCCUGUGCUGGUGCACAUAAGCCACAAGCAUACGAAUUCUCUUAA